UGAAACACCAUUUCCCAGACGCCAUCGCUGCUAUAUAAUAAUCUGUAAAACUAGGCAGGUCUGUAGAGCUCAUGUGGAGGUAGUACGGAACGGAGCUCGGGGAAGAUAUAAAACUGUCAAAGAUCCGCCUCUUUUUGUAACGGGAGUUUCGAUAUCAUGGAAUUAAAUGAAGACGGGGCUGUGGAAACUCUCUCGCGCUGAUCGAGUCCCAAUCGCUGCUAUUCGAGACAAGCUCUUCCCAUAGUGAAGACACAGUCCAGGGUGACAAAGAUGUCUGACAAGAUGUCCAGUUUUCUCCACAUCGGGGACAUUUGCUCCCUGUAUGCGGAGGGAUCUACUAAUGGAUUUAUCAGCACUUUAGGUCUUGUAGAUGACCGUUGUGUGGUGCAGCCUGACACGGGGGACCUCAACAAUCCUCCUAAGAAGUUUCGAGAUUGCCUGUUCAAGUUGUGCCCCAUGAACAGAUACUCCGCGCAGAAGCAGUUCUGGAAGGCUGCCAAACCGGGUGGGAGCAGCACGACUGACACGGUUCUCCUGAACAAACUGCACCAUGCUGCCGAUCUGGAAAAGAAGCAAAAUGAGUCAGAAAACCGAAAGCUGCUAGGAACGGUGAUUCAGUACGGCAAUGUGAUCCAGCUAUUGCAUCUGAAGAGUAAUAAGUACCUGACAGUGAACAAACGUCUCCCAGCCCUGCUGGAGAAAAACGCCAUGAGGGUGACGCUGGACUCUGCAGGGAAUGAGGGCUCCUGGUUCUACAUCCAGCCCUUCUACAAGUUGCGCUCCAUUGGGGAUAGUGUGGUGAUUGGAGACAAAGUGGUUCUUAACCCCGUGAAUGCUGGACAGCCACUCCACGCCAGCAGCCAUCAGCUUGUGGACAACCCAGGAUGCAAUGAGGUGAACUCUGUAAACUGUAACACCAGUUGGAAAAUAGUUCUGUUUAUGAAAUGGAGUGACAACAAGGAGGUCAUACUAAAGGGGGGUGAUGUUGUGCGGCUGUUCCACGCAGAACAGGAAAAGUUCCUGACUUGUGAUGACCACCGAAAGAAGCAGUACGUCUUCCUCAGAACCACUGGUCGCCAGUCUGCCACGUCCGCCACCAGUAGCAAGGCCUUGUGGGAGGUGGAGGUGGUGCAGCAUGAUCCCUGCCGGGGUGGGGCUGGUUAUUGGAACAGCCUGUUUAGGUUCAAACACCUGGCCACUGGGCAUUACUUGGCUGCAGAGGUGAGUCAGGUGAACCCAGAUUACGAGGAAGAGUGCCAAGAAUCACGCUCCUCAGCAGUGGAUUUUAUCCCCUUUAAUUUCCAGCUGGACUCUGAGCAUGAAGCCCUCCGGGGUCGUCUGCGGACCCCCCAGGAAAAAGUCAUGUACACCCUUGUCUCUGUACCCGACGGAAAUGACAUCUCCUCCAUCUUUGAACUGGACCCUACCACUCUGAGAGGGGGGGACUCUCUGGUGCCCAGGAACUCCUACGUGAGGCUGAGACACCUCUGCACCAACACAUGGGUCCACAGCACUAACAACCCCAUUGAUAAGGAGGAGGAGAAGCCCGUCAUGCUACGUAUUGGCACAUCUGCUGUAAAGGAAGACAAGGAGGCCUUUGCCAUUGUGCCUGUCCCACCAGCGGAAGUGAGGGACUUGGACUUUGCCAAUGAUGCCAGCAAAGUCUUGGCCUCCAUCGCGGGCAAGCUGGAGAAGGGCACCAUAACGCAGAAUGAGAGGAGAUUUGUCACAAAACUGCUGGAGGACCUGGUGUUCUUCGUCGUGGACAUUCCCAACAGUGGGCAGGAUGUCCUGGAGAUCAUGGUUAACAAGCCCAACCGCGAGAGACAGAAGCUGAUGAGAGAACAGAAUAUCCUCAAACAGAUUUUCAAGCUGCUUCAGGCACCAUUCACGGACAGCGGUGAUGGCCCUAUGCUACGAUUGGAGGAGCUGGGUGACCAGCGCCACGCCCCCUUCCGGCACAUCUGCCGCCUGUGCUACCGGGUCCUGCGGCACUCCCAGCAAGACUACAGGAAAAACCAGGAGUACAUUGCCAAGCAGUUCCGCUUCAUGCAGAAGCAGAUUGGUUACGAUGUGCUGGCCGAGGACACCAUCACAGCACUCCUACACAACAACCGCAAACUCCUGGAGAAGCAUAUCACUGCCGCUGAGAUCGACACCUUCGUCAGCCUAGUGAGGAAGAACCGCGAGCCCAGGUUCCUAGACUACCUGUCGGACCUGUGUGUCUCCAUGAACAAGUCCAUCCCCGUGACUCAGGAGCUCAUCUGCAAUGCGGUCCUGGAUCCAUCCAACGCUGACAUCCUCAUCGAGACAAAGCUGGUGCUGUCACGAUUCGAGAUAGAGAGCACGACGAUAGGGGAGAGUCCGGUAGAGACACAGGAGGACGAGGAGGAGGUGUGGCUCUUCUGGAAGGACAACAGCAAGGAGCUCCGCAGCAAGAGCAUCCGAGAACUGGCCCAGGAUGCGAAGGAGGGCCAGAAGGAGGACCAGGAGGUGGUCAGCUACUACAGGUACCAGCUGAACCUGUUCGCCCGCAUGUGCCUCGACCGGCAGUACCUGGCCAUCAACAAGAUCUCAGGCCAGCUGGACGUGGACCUAAUCCUCCGCUGCAUGUCUGACGAGGAUCUGCCCUACGACCUGCGUGCCUCCUUCUGUCGCUUGAUGCUGCACAUGCACGUUGACCGAGACCCUCAGGAGCAGGUCACGCCUGUCAAGUACGCCCGUCUGUGGUCCGAAAUCCCGUCCAAGAUCGCCAUCGACGACUAUGACAACAACGGAACUACCAAAGAUGAGAUCAAGGAGCGAUUUGCACAGACAAUGGAGUUCGUGGAAAACUAUUUGAGGGAUGUGGUCUGUCAGAAUAUCCCCUUUUCCGACAAAGAGAAAAACAAACUGACCUAUGAGGUGGUGAAUUUAGCCCGGAACCUCAUUUAUUUUGGCUUCUACAACUUUAACGAUCUGUUGAGGUUGACUAAGAUCCUGCUGGCUAUUCUCGACUGUGUUCAUGUCAGCACCAUCUUCCCCAUUAAUAAGCUGGAGAAGGGGGAUGAAUCCAAAGGCAGCAAUGUCAUGCGGUCUAUCCAUGGAGUGGGUGAGCUGAUGACCCAGGUGGUGCUGCGGGGGGGCGGUUUCCUGCCCACAACACCUGCCAACCCGCCGGACGGGGACGUGGUCAAGACGCAGGUGGAGCCGGAGAAGGAGGACAUCCUGGUGAUGGACACCAAGCUGAAGAUCAUUGAGAUCCUGCAGUUCAUUCUGAAUGUGCGGCUGGACUACAGGAUCUCCUGCCUGCUCUGCAUCUUCAAGCGGGAGUUUGAUGAACGUAACUCCCAGUCAGACUUGACGUCAGGAGGCAGUCAGGAUGGCCCCAACAGCAUGCCCGGGGCAUUGGAUUUCGAGAAUAUUGAGGAACAAGCCGAAGGGAUUUUUGGUGGAAGUGAGGAGAACACACCUCUGGACCUGGAUGACCACGGUGGGAGGACAUUCCUGCGCGUCCUGCUCCAUCUGACCAUGCACGACUACCCUCCCCUGGUGUCCGGCGCUCUGCACCUGCUCUUCAGGCAUUUCAGCCAGAGGCAGGAGGUGCUGCUGGCCUUCAAACAGGUUCAGCUCCUGGUGACCAGUCAGGAUGUAGACAACUACAAGCAGAUCAAGUCAGACCUGGACCAGCUGCGCUCCAUCGUGGAGAAGUCAGAGCUCUGGGUGUACAAGCGGCAGGGGCCGGAUGAGGUUAUGGACGGAGGAGAUGGGCCUGCUGCCGAGUCUGACCACAAGAAGAAGGGAGACUCAACCUCCAGUAGUUCAGAUAAGAAGAAACCUGAGAGCACCAGCAGUUACAAUUACCGAGUUGUGAAGGAGAUUCUGCUGCGGCUCAGCAAGCUGUGUGUCCAGGAGGGCGCGUCGGGGAAGAAGAGCAGGAAGCAGCAGCAGAGGCUGCUGAGGAACAUGGGGGCCCACGCUGUGAUCCUGGAGCUACUGCAGAUCCCUUAUGAGAAGGGGGAGGAUGUCCGCAUGCAGGAGAUCAUGAAGCUGGCCCAUGAGUUCUUACAGAACUUCUGUGCUGGGAACCAGCAGAACCAGGCACUACUACACAAGCACAUCAACCUGUUCCUGAACCCUGGGAUAUUGGAGGCCAUCACUAUGCAGCACAUCUUCAUGAACAACUUUCAGCUGUGCAGUGAGAUCAACGAGCGGGUGGUGCAGCACUUCGUCCACUGCAUCGAGACACACGGCCGCAACGUCCAGUACCUCAAGUUCCUGCAGACCAUCGUCAAGGCUGAGAACAAGUUCAUCAAGAAGUGCCAAGACAUUGUCAUGGCAGAGCUGGUGAACUCAGGCGAGGACGUGCUGGUCUUCUACAACGACCGCGCCUCCUUCCAGACGCUGGUGCAGAUGAUGCGGUCGGAGCGAGACCGCAUGGACGAGAACAGUCCGCUCAUGUACCACAUCCACCUGGUGGAGCUGCUGGCCGUCUGCACUGAGGGCAAGAACGUCUACACUGAGAUCAAGUGUAACUCGCUGCUGCCCCUGGACGACAUUGUCCGGGUGGUGACACACGAGGACUGUAUACCAGAGGUGAAAAUCGCCUACAUCAACUUCCUGAACCACUGCUACGUGGACACUGAGGUAGAGAUGAAGGAGAUAUACACCAGCAACCACGUGUGGAAGCUCUUUGAAAACUUCCUGGUCGACAUAUGCAGGGUGUGCAACAACACGAGUGACAGGAAGCAUGCGGACACCAUCCUGGAGCGCUACGUGACUGAGACAGUCAUGGGCAUUGUCACCACCUUCUUCAGUUCGCCCUUCUCUGACCAGAGCACCAGUCUACAGACUCGGCAGCCAGUAUUUGUUCAGCUCCUGCAGGGCGUGUUCAGGGUCUACCACUGUAACUGGCUGAUCCCUGUGCAGAAAGCCUCAGUGGAGAGCUGUAUCAAAGUGCUCUCUGACGUGGCCAAAAGCCGGGCCAUAGCCAUCCCAGUGGAUCUGGACAGCCAGGUGAACAACCUGUUUGUGAAAUCAAAUAACAUUGUGCAGAAGACUGCCUUGAGCUGGAGGCUGUCGGCACGGAACGCCGCCAGGAGGGAUUCCACACUGACCACCUCUCGUGACUACAGGAACAUCAUAGAAAGGCUACAGGACAUUGUGUCAGCUCUGGAGGACCGUCUCAGGCCGCUGGUGCAGGCCGAGCUUUCCGUGCUGGUGGAUGUGCUGCACCGCCCGGAGCUUCUCUUUCCAGAGAAUACGGACGCCCGGAGGAAGUGUGAGAGCGGCGGCUUCAUAUCCAAACUCAUCAAGCACACCAAGCAGCUCCUGGAGGAGAACGAGGAACGCCUGUGCAUCAAAGUGCUGCAGACUCUCAGGGAGAUGAUGACCAAAGACCGGGGCUAUGGGGAGAAGCUGAUUACCCUUGAUGAUGAGAUGGAUAUAGCUGAGCUGGCCCCCCCGCCUGAGCCGGAGGUCCCCGCCGAGGAGCUUGAUCCAAACCAGCCACAGAAGCAACUGGAGGAUCAGAAGCGGGGUGAAGCACUAAGGCAAAUUCUGGUCAACCGUUACUAUGGCAACUUCAGGCCCGGAGGCAGGAGGGACAGCCUGACAAGUUUCAGCAAUGGCCCCCUUACUGCAGGGGGGCAGGGCAAGGCCCAAGCAGGUGGGGCAGGGGGGUCGGGGGCUGUGAGCCGGGGGGAGAUGAGCCUGGCCGAGGUGCAGUGCCACCUGGACAGGGAGGGUGCAUCCGACCUCGUCAUCGACCUCAUCAUGAAUGCUACGAGUGACCGCAUCUUCCAGGAGAGCAUCCUAUUGGCCAUCGCCCUGCUGGAGGGCGGAAAUCCUGUAAUCCAGCGGUCCUUCUACUGUCGUCUGACUGAGGACAAGAAAUCGGAAAAGUUCUUCAAGGUGUUCUACGAGCGCAUGAAACUGGCACAGCAGGAGAUCAAAGCCACUGUCACCGUCAACACCAGUGACCUGGGGAGCAAGAAGAAGGAUGAUGAAGUCUCUGACAAGGAUGCGCCCACACGCAAGAAAGUUAAGGAUGUGGCUACUGUGGUGACGGAGGAAGUCAGAGAGCAGCUGCUAGAGGCCUCUUCGGUCACCAAGAAGGCCUUCAAUGCAUAUAGGCGUGAGGCUGACCCAGAGGAGCACCUGGCCUCCACUGAUGGCCAGCCCAGCACGGGCGACAAAGGCCAGGAGGAAGGGGAGAUGAGCGUCAUCAUCACCAUCAUGCAGCCAAUCCUGCGCCUGAUGCAGCUCCUGUGUGAAAACCACAACCGUGAACUCCAGAACUUCCUGCGCUGCCAGAACAACAAGAACAACUACAACCUGGUGUGCGAGACGCUGCAGUUCCUGGACUGCAUCUGCGGCAGCACCACCGGUGGCCUGGGCCUGCUCGGCCUCUACAUCAACGAGAAGAACGUGGCGCUCAUCAACCAGACCGUGGAGAGCCUGACUGAGUACUGCCAGGGCCCAUGCCAUGAGAACCAGAACUGCAUCGCCACUCACGAGUGCAAUGGCAUCGACAUCAUCAUCGCCCUUAUCCUCAACGACAUCAACCCUCUAGGGAAGAAGAGGAUGGACCUUGUGCUGGAGCUCAAGAACAAUGCCUCCAAACUGCUGCUGGCCAUCAUGGAGAGUCGCCAUGACAGCGAGAAUGCUGAGAGAAUACUGUACAACAUGAGGCCCAAAGAACUGGUGGAGGUGAUCAAGAAGGCCUACAUGCAGGGGGAGGUGGAAUACGAAGAACCCGAGGAGGGUGAGGAGGGGGAGGAAGAGCACUCUGCCUCACCUCGGAACGUGGGUCAUAACAUUUACAUCCUCGCCCAUCAGCUGGCACGACACAACAAGGAGCUACAGGCUAUGCUCAAGCCUGGAGGUACUUAUGGAGAAGGCGACGAGGCCCUGGAGUUCUACGCCAAGCAUACGGCCCAGAUAGAGAUUGUGCGGCUGGAUCGCACCAUGGAGCAGAUAGUCUUCCCCGUGCCCAACAUCUGCGAGUUCCUCACCAAUGAGUCCAAGCUGCGCGUGUACUACACCACGGAGCGUGACGAGCAGGGCAGCAAGAUCAACGACUUCUUCCUGCGCGCUGAAGACCUCUUCAACGAGAUGAACUGGCAGAAGAAGCUGCGAGGUACUCAAGAGGCUACUGGUAACGCAAACAAGGUUCCCUCCCAGCCCCUUCUUUACUGGUGUUCCCGAAACAUGUCCUUCUGGAGCAGCAUCUCCUUCAACCUGGCCGUCCUCAUGAACCUGCUGGUGGCCUUCUUCUACCCUUUGGAGGGCGUGCGUGGAGGUACCCUGGAGCCCCACCUCUCGGCUCUGCUGUGGACGGCGAUGCUGGUGUCCUUGGCCAUCGUGAUCGUCCUGCCCCAGCCGCACGGCAUCCGGGCGCUGAUCGCCUCCACCAUCCUGCGGCUCAUCUUCUCCGUGGGGCUGGAGCCCACACUCUUCCUGCUGGGUGCUUUCAAUGUGUGCAAUAAGAUCAUCUUCUUGAUGAGUUUUGUGGGGAAUCGUGGAACAUUCACCAGAGGCUACAAGGCAAUGAUCAUGGAUGUGGAGUUCCUCUAUCAUCUGCUCUACCUGAUCAUCUGCAGCCUGGGUGUGUUUGUCCACGUCUUUUUCUACAGCCUGCUGCUCUUUGACCUGGUCUACAGGGAGGAGACGCUGCUGAAUGUGAUUAAGAGUGUGACACGUAAUGGCCGCUCCAUUGUCCUGACUGCAGUGCUGGCUCUCAUCCUGGUAUAUCUGUUCUCCAUCGUGGGGUACAUCUUCUUCAAGGAUGACUUCAUCCUGGCGGUCGACAGGAUACCCAAUAAAACACUGGAGAGCGGAGCAAGCAUGGUGGGGGACUUCCUGUCUGCAGGAGUGUGCCGGAAGGACAGCGGAGAGAACUGCUCCACGGAGGUCGUGGGAGAAGUCGUUCCCACACAGCCGUUGGCCGUGGUGAUCGAGGACAAAGAGCGCACCUGUGACUCUCUGCUCAUGUGCAUCGUCACCGUCCUGAGUCACGGACUGCGGAGUGGCGGAGGGGUGGGGGAUGUCCUGCGCAAGCCAUCCAAGGAGGAGCCGCUGUUUGCCGCCAGGGUGAUCUACGACCUCCUCUUCUUCUUCAUGGUCAUCAUCAUCGUCCUCAACCUGAUCUUUGGAGUCAUCAUCGACACCUUUGCCGACCUCAGGAGCGAGAAGCAGAAAAAAGAGGAGGUGCUCAAAACGACCUGCUUCAUCUGUGGGCUGGAGAGGGACAAAUUUGACAACAAGACGGUGACCUUCGAAGAGCACAUUAAGGUGGAACACAACAUGUGGCACUAUCUGUUCUUCAUUGUUCUGGUGAAGGUGAAGGACUCCACUGAGUACACGGGACCUGAGAGCUACGUCGCUGAGAUGAUCAGGGAGCACAAUCUGGACUGGUUCCCUCGGAUGCGGGCCAUGUCUCUGGUCAGCAUGGAUGGCGAAGGCGAGCAGAACGAGAUUCGCAACCUGCAGGAGAAGCUGGAGUCCACCAUGAAGCUGGUGUCCAACCUCUCCGGCCAGCUGACUGAGCUCAAGGAGCAGAUGACCGAGCAGCGAAAACAGAAGCAACGCAUCGGACUCCUUGGCCACCCUCCUCACAUGAACGUCAACCCCCAGCAGCCGGCAUGAGGUCAUGGGUCGUCACAUCUCCCCACCCGCUUUACACCUGCUCGGGGGCCCGAAGGAAGAGGAAGUCUUGCUUCACGUAGGAGUCCAAACAUUUUAACUACUGAGCGUGUCAGUGCAUAGCGUACCAAUAGAAACAGAAGUAUAUAUUUAAAAAUUAUUUAGCCAUGUUAAAGUUAAGGCCACCUAGGUAGGAGAUGCCCUUUGUCUCCCCACUCCCACACCUUCCCACCCAGCUACACCUGUCACAUCCCUGCCCCUGUCCAGCCAGGAUUGGUGCCAAAUGUUUUCUAUAUAAAUGAAAGUGAAUUCUAAUCACAUGGCCUUUACCGGGUGAACUGCACUGAGAGCUGCACUGGCCUGGGAGAGACUGAGAGCAGAGCUGCACUGGCCUGGGAGAGACCAGAGGAGUUGCAAGGACGUGUGGAAUCUGACCAGAGCCCAGACAAGAGACAGUCUUUUUUGUAUUUAUGACCAGUAGAGCGAGCAGUAUUUAAUGUCUUAUUUUUGUAUUAUGUGCAAUAUGAAUACUUUAAUAUGCAACCAUCAUGACGUGUGAUCUGUAAAUUGUGUCUUAAAAGGGAAUGUAUACAUUUUUUGAAAUGGGGUUGUUUGUGUCUCUUUUGCUUCAAGAUUCUUUGGGGGG